AUGUCUAUGUUUCGAAAACCCAAGAAGAUUCAGCGCCGUAUGUUUUGCGCUGAUGACGACGAGGAUGGAGAUCCGGAGCCUCCGCCGCCCCCUGUUAUUAGCUAUGAAAGGAAGGAACCCAAGGUUGCUAAAAGCACCCCAUCAUUGAGCUUCGCCGACGAAGAGGAAGAAGGUGAAGUUUUCAAGGUAAAGAAGUCUUCUCAAAGUAAGAGAUUAGCAAAACGACGUGAAAAGGAAAGAGAAAAACAGAAGCGUGAUGAUAGAACUGAUGGUGAUGAUAUCAAAUAUGACAAUAACGGAUAUGAGGAAAAGAACGACGACACAGAGAUAACACAGCGGAAGACAAAGAAGAAGAUUACCUUGGAAGGUCUUAUACUUUCUGGUCGAGAGGCGCUUGCUGCAGACGGCGAAGGUGACGUGACCAGUGGGGGGGAGGAUGACGAGGAAGAAGAUUCGCGAGGGUUCCACAAGUAUCGCGCAGAAACCGUCCGGGCCGCACUUGCCAAGCCCGGAAUACCUGACGCGGCACUCAUCCACGCAGCUCGCAAGACCAGACAGCAGGCUCGCGAACUCGGUGAUUAUUUACCGUUGAAGUCCGACUCUGCUCCUGGCUCCAGGCUGGUUCGGGACGAUGGCUCCGGUGAUGAGGACGAGGAAGAGGGCAGAAUACUCGUCAGAGGGUUGGAGAUGCCUGAUGAUAAGCCUAAACGUGGCACAGCGGCUGUAUCAGAAGAGGAAUUAGAUAGCGAAACCGAAGAGUGGGCCUCACAGCAGUUACAGAAAGCACGGCCCGCCAUAAUCGACAUCACUGGUGACGGCGCUAUAGAAGUAAACCCGUUCUCUCUGCCUGCGGCGGGCCCGCAACUGGCCGUGGCGGCGCACCUCAGGCCCCUCACCACCGACAACACCGCCCCGCCCACCUCCGCCGAGGAACUCGUCACUGCACUUCACAAACGACUGGAAGAACUACGCAUGGAGCAUUACAAAACCGAACAAACCCAUACAGACCUGCGCGAUCGACUUCUUGCCGCCGCAAGAAUGCGCGAGAGUCGAUCUGCGCGCUGCGCGGAGUUAGACGCCGCGUAUCGGCGCGCGCAGGCAAUACGCGGCUACCUCACUGACCUUAUCGAGUGUUUAGACGAAAAGAUGCCACAACUAGAAGCGCUAGAAGCGCGUGCGCUUGCGCUGCACAAGCGCCGGUGCGAGUUUCUCGUAGAACGACGGAGGGCAGAUCUACGAGAUCAGGCCCAGGACGUAUUGGCAACUGGUCGAGGGGGGAGCGCGAAGGCGGCGGAGUGCGAGGAGAAGACGCGGCGCGCGGCGGAGCGCGAGGGGCGGCGGCGCGCGCGGCGCCUGCAGCGCGAGUCGGCCGCCGCCGCCGCCGGGGCCGCGCUGCCGCACCGCGAGGGGGACUCCUCCGACGACGACCUGCCGCCCGCCGAGCUGCACCACUACGCCAACGAGAGAGACGCGAUCCGGACGGCAGCGGACGGGCUGUUCGCGGACGCGCUGCCGGCGUGGCGCUCGGUGGCGGGCGUGUGCCGGCGCAUGGCGCGCUGGCGGGCCCGCGCCGCGCAGCUCUACGCCGACGCCUACGUGGCCGACUGCCUGCCGCGCCUGCUCGCGCCCUACGUCCGCCACCAGUUGAUACUAUGGAAUCCACUGGCCGAUGAGAACAAUGAAGACUACGAGAAAAUGGAUUGGUACAAAUCUCUGCUGAUGUAUGGUGUUCGUAGCGAGAGGUCGGGCGACUCGUCGGAGUCUGGGUCGGAAGGUGAACCCGAACCCAUGGCGGUCACCGAGGAGGCCGUCAGGGACGAUCCUGACUUACUCCUUAUACCGACUUUAAUGAGCAAAGUCGUGCUUCCGAAGUUGACAGAGCUGGUGGAGUGCGCGUGGGACCCGCUGUGCGUGCGCGCGUGCGUGCGCGUGCGGCAGCUGGCGGUGCGGGUGGCGGCGCUGCCGGCGAGCCGCGCCGCGCUGCGCCGCCUCGGGGCCGCCGCCAGGGCGCGCCUGGCCGCCACGCUCGCCGCCGACGUCUUCCUGCCCGCCUUGACGCCGCAGUGA